CGUAUGGAGAUUAACCAAACUGACCAAUGCCUCAGGUUUUCCUGUCCGGAGAGAUCUGUAUCUACUGCAGUGUAUGUGUUGCUGUAUGUGUGUGCAGCUGCUGUAGUUCUGCUGACAGUGUGUGGAAAUCUGCUCAUCAUCAUCUCCGUCUGCCACUUCAAGCAGCUCCACACACCGACUAACAUGCUCAUCCUCUCUCUGGCUGUGUCGGACUGUCUGGUCGGAGUCUUUGUGAUUCCUGUAUCGUUAAUAUGGAUGAUCGAAUCGUGUUGGAUUUUCAGCGCAGUUUACUGUAUAUACUCUAUACUGACCUCCUAUUUUCUAACAACUACAUCAAUAUUUAACGUUGCUCUGAUCGCAGUCGAUCGGUAUUUUGCUCUCUCUAACCCCUUUCUCUACAGUAAUACGCUCUCUGUGAGCACCAUGUGCUGUAUAGUUUUAUCUAACUGGUUUAUACUGUUAGCUUAUAAUGUAGCACUUCAGUACUUCAACGGACACUUUGUGAGUGUGGUGAUGUGUCCCGGAGACUGUUUUUUUGUCUUAGACGAGAUCUGGUCUCUGGUUGAUCUUCUAUUUACAUUUGUGUUGCCAUGUGCUGUUAUAAUCAUACUGUACGUUCUGGUCUUUGUUAUUGCAAGGAAACACGCCACUGCCAUCAGAGACCUUAAUAUUCAUACUAAGGCAUUGAAGAGCACAGCAGACUCUAUGAAAUCAGAGAGAAAAGCAGCUAAAGUACUUGGCAUUCUGGUGUCUGUGUUUUUGGGAUGUUUAUUUCCAUACUUCAUUUAUACUGUGCUAGGUAACGUAAUAGAAAUCGAAAUGGGAUCAUUUCAAAAAGUCUUGUUGCUGGUUUAUCUUAAUUCUUCCAUUAAUCCAGUUAUUUAUGCCUUGUUUUAUCCGUGGUUUAGGAGGUGUGUUAGACUCACUUUGACUCUUCAAAUAUUCAACACGGAUUCUGCUCUGAUGAGUGUGCUUUGA